AUGGAUGACAUGUACAAAUUAAUACAUACCAUACCAAACGUAACAUAUAGCGUCCCGGACUUACGUUUACUAUGUUACGUCUACCUGUGAGUGCAGGUUGGUGUACAACAGUGUUUGACUCUCUCUCUCUAUCCCUCACGCUGUCCGUCUCGAUCUCUGUGUGUGUGUGUGAGAAAGAGAGUGAGAGCUUUCUAGGACAUGUUGUGGCAUCUUGCAGUAAUGAGUUCAUAUCAGUGUGCAUAGUAUGAGACAACUGUGAGAAUGUGUAUUGUUAUUGUGGACCCUAAUUGACUGAUUACUCAUUAUACAUCUAAUAAACCUGUUAGUCCCCUCACUGAGAAGGUGUUGUCCUUUUUCCUCUUAUCCAGCCAUCCAGGAGAAGCCAUGCAGAAAGCACAUCAUGAAGCCGCCUUUAAACCACAAGGAUACCAGGAAAGAGAGCCUGCCCAUUGGGACCCCGGGGACUAGCAGCAGCAUGGUGGAGAGUGACCUCUUACUGGAGGUGAGACAGAGCGGAGAAGAAGGGUCAGCCUGUGGUUUGUCCUCCCAAUAGAGCACUGAUGAACGAUGAGAUGAGAGAGCACUGAUGGGGCUGGGAAACGGCAAUGACUGGGUCAUCAGUCUUGGACGAAAGCAGUCUACCAUGCCGUGAUUGUGUUUUUUCUUAAAAAUUCAGAGGGCAAAAAUGCCAAAUAAAAUCUUGAAUGAAAAAAUACACAAAGUUGAAUUUAGCCAAAUUUAUUAAUUGAGGUAUAGAAUACAGUGGGGGAAAAAAGUAUUUAGUCAGCCACCAAUUGUGCAAGUUCUCCUACUUAAAAAGAUUAGAGGCCUGUAAUUUUCAUCAUAGAUACACGUCAACUAUGACAGACAAAAUGAGAAGAAAAAAAUCCAGAAAAUCACAUUGUAGGAUUUUUUAUGAAUUUAUUUGCAAAUUAUGGUGGAAAAUAAGUAUUUGGUCAAUAACAAACGUUUCUCAAUACUUUGUUAUAUACCCUUUGUUGGCAAUGACACAGGUCAAACGUUUUCUGUAAGUCUUCACAAGGUUUUCACACACUGUUGCUGGUAUUUUGGCCCAUUCCUCCAUGCAGAUCUCCUCUAGAGCAGUGAUGUUUUGGGGCUGUCGCUGGGCAACACGGACUUUCAACUCCCUCCAAAAAUUUUCUAUGGGGUUGAGAUCUGGAGACUGGCUAGGCCACUCCAGGACCUUGAAAUGCUUCUUACGAAGCCACUCCUUUGUUGCCCGGGCGGUGUGUUUGGGAUCAUUGUCAUGCUGAAAGACCCAGCCACGUUUCAUCUUCAAUGCCCUUGCUGAUGGAAGGAGGUUUUCACUCAAAAUCUCACGAUACAUGGCCCCAUUCAUUCUUUCCUUUACACGGAUCAGUCGUCCUGGUCCCUUUGCAGAAAAACAGCCCCAAAGCAUGAUGUUUCCACCCCCAUGCUUCACAGUAGGUAUGGUGUUCUUUGUCCUCCAAACACGACGAGUUGAGUUUUUACCAAAAAGUUCUAUUUUGGUUUCAUCUGACCAUAUGACAUUCUCCCAAUCCUCUUCUGGAUCAUCCAAAUGCACUCUAGCAAACUUCAGACGGGCCUGGACAUGUACUGGCUUAAGCAGGGGGACACGUCUGGCACUGCAGGAUUUGUGUCCCUGGCGGCGUAGUGUGUUACUGAUGGUAGGCUUUGUUACUUUGGUCCCAGCUCUCUGCAGGUCAUUCACUAGGUCCCCCCGUGUGGUUCUUCGAUUUUUGCUCACCUUUUUGUGAUCAUUCUGACCCCACGGGGUGAGAUCUUGCGUGGAACCCCAGAUCGAGGGAGAUUAUCAGUGGUCUUGUAUGUCUUCCAUUUGCUAAUAAUUGCUCCCACAGUUGAUUUCUUCAAACCAAGCUGCUUACCUAUUGCAGAUUCAGUCUUCCCAGCCUGGUGCAGGUCUACAAUUUUGUUUCUGGUGUCCUUUGACAGCUCUUUGGUCUUGGCCAUAGUGGAGUUUGGAGUGUGGAGUUUGAGGUUGUGGACAGGUGUCUUUUAUACUGAUAACAAGUUCAAACAGGUGCCAUUAAUACAGGUAACGAGUGGAGGACAGAGGAGCCUCUUAAAGAAGAAGUUACAGGUCUGUGAGAGCCAGAAAUCUUGCUUGUUUGUAGGUGACCAAAUACUUAUUUUCCACCAUAAUUUGAAAAUAAAUUCAUUAAAAAUCCUACAAUGUGAUUUUCUGGAUUUUUUUCCUCAAUUUUUCUGUCAUAGUUGACGUGUACCUAUGAUGAAAAUUACAGGCCUCUCUCAUAUUUUUAAGUGGGAGAACUUGCACAAUUGGUGGCUGACUAAAUACUUUUUUCCCCACUGUAUGUAUUGAUGAUAUCGUGGCACAGCGGAGCUGCUGGGAGGAUGGGUGUAGGAACAGAACAUUGCGUUCCCCAACCCCCACCUUCUCCAUCCCAGAAUCCCCGCCCUCCCCUUGUCACAAACCGCUAGAAAAUCUCCCUCCCUCAGUAGCGUGACACCAAAGCAACUGACCAUGAUGCUGCUCAAUGAAGAUCGUGACACUGUUAGGUCAGUAUCACACCAGAAAAGGGAAAAGGGGACCCAGCUGACCUGGGCUUACUCGAAUUACACCGGAGGUGACAGGGCCUGGCAAGGAGCAGGCCAGAGUCACGCAAAUGUCAAACACAUCAGCUCCAGCCAACACGGGGAAGUUAAUGAGGAACUCUGCAUGGUGUUUCCUCCCCUUCUCUCCAUGUUUUACUCUUCAUAUCAGGAGGCACGAAAACACCAUUUUUUGUUUAUUUUGUUCUGACGUCCAUUCUUAUCAGAAAUAGAGAUGUUGUAUCGAAAGGAUUUACCAAUGAAUUACUCAUCAAUCAAGUGCAAUUGAAGUUGGUCCCCUGUGCUCUUAGCACAUUCAUGUCCAAAAUUAUUGGCACCCUUGAUAAAGAUAUGCAAAAAAGACUGUAUAAAUGGGAAAAUUAUUAGAAAAUUACAAUACAAUUGCUCAGAGAAAGAUUUUAUUUAACAAGUAAUAAAAUACAUUCUUAAAAAGAUAGGUGUGAAAAUGAUUGGCAUCCCUGUUUUCAAAACCUUUCAAUACCUCACUGAGCCUUUUUCUCAAAUGUUUUAUGAGAUUGGAGAAUGCAUUGGGAGGGAUCUUAGACCAUUCCGCCAUACAGAAUCUUUCCAGAUCCUUCGUAUCCUUCAUCUGCGCUUAUCGACUGCCCUCUUUUUUUAACGCGUUUUUGUAUAUAUAUUUUUUAAAGAAAUUAAAAAAUAGUUUGGCAACCCUGUUUGUAGGCUUUUAAAUGAUAUUAAACUUAACCGUUUAUUUUUUCCAGUGAUUAAGACAGGGAUGUCUCAUGGUAGGGUGGGGUAUGCAAAAUGGAUCAACUUUGAUUACCUCUAUCUCCUAAAUGUUUUAGAAUUCAGGUAAAGAAAAGUUACUUUCUGAUCACUUCUACCAUGGGCAAAUAUGUAAAGACAUUUUCGUUCAAAUCAAAAGGGGUGCGGUCAAAAAGUUAUUAAAAUCAAAUGGAACGACCCUAUGCUGUUUCCGUGUAUAAAGAUGUAUCCAUGUCUCUUGUCUCCUAGUCCCUGACUGGUUUUGCCUUGGUGGUGAGCACAGAUGGGUUGAUAUUCUACGUCUCCACCUCCAUUGUUGACUACCUGGGCUUUCAUCAGGUAUGUUAUAAUCACAUCACUUUGUAUUCUCAAAUUGUGUAUUAUGACUCAUCAAAAUGGUCCUAAUUAUUGAGGGUAAAUUAUAAAUAAUUAAAGUAAAUUAGUUGAAAUACAGUACCAUUGUACAAGCCUUUAAUAAAAAAUUACAUUCUGAGGAAAAAUUGUACAGCAUUGUAGAACGGGUUUAAAGUAAAACCACCAACGAUAGAAAAUGCAACAAAAUGUACACUUUGUUUUUAAUGCAAAGCCAUGAUGCCCUUUUAGUCAUUAAAUGAAACAAGACAGAAAUCUAAAUAUGGUUGUAUGAAACAGAUGACCAAGUCAAUAGUUGAAAAUAGCCAGUUGUUUAAUUCACAGGAUUUUAAUGACAAUAUGAGUUGUAAGUAAACAGAGCUUACUUCAUUUACUUCACGAGUUUGUAACUGUCCUUUUUGAGUGAAUAGCUUUCUAUUGGGCCUCAUUAAAGUGUGGGUUUUAACAUGGGAAGGAGACAAAAGAGACUGUUGAUCGCUUCUCUGAUGCUCAACAAUACGGGUGUUUCACAGGGCAAUCGUUCAAAGCGUUGCGUGCAACAGAAGCAGAUAUAUUUGGGACGGUUGAAUACUUUAGCUGGGAGUCUGUCAUUUUAUGAACAGUGGGUAUAGCUGGAGAUGGAAAAAACAAGAGGAAUUACGAGUGUGGGCUGGGAUUUCAUCAGGGUAGCGUUGCAUCUGUCCUCAUGCAAGCAGCUCUGGUGUCACGCAAAGCACAAACAAGGCAGCGAGGAGGGCUUCCCACUAUCCCACCGACUGAGGAGAGGGGAGGCCGGGCCCUAUAUUAUAAAUGCAAACUGUAGGGAGUCAUAACUCAUUACUCACUGAUUCAACUGUUGUCACCAAUUACCCUGCUGUGAUAAAAAGUCAUUAGUAAUUACUCAACGUUUUCACUAUCUACUUCUCAGUUUUAUUGAUUUAAGUUAUUAUUUAUAGAUCUUUGACUGGCAAACAGUCAAACAAAGCAGUUUGAUAUUACUGGAUGCACUCAGUAAUGAUCCCACAGUUAAACUCUUUAUACAUUCAGACUUUUUUUUCUUCAGUUCUAAGCUUUUCUGUUACAAAAUCAUUCCAUACAAUUUUUAGAAAAAAGUGUAUGAUGUGUAUAGAACCCAGAUCUCCCGUGUAGACCUAACUGAUGGAGAGGAAUGCUGAGUGAACUCCGUCAGUUACAGAAGGCCUUCCAGAGGCUCCCUCCUGGUCAGCGGGGGGGAAUAGAAAAACAGAAGUUUAAGUUCUCAGUGGGCUCGCUGCAGGCUGACACUUGCAGUGUCUGUCCAGAUAUCACUAUGGCUUCUAACCAUAGACUCGCUUCACCCGACCGUGACACAGGUUAAGUGGGGAGGUCACUGUGUUGGCCAAACACAAUCAACAGUCCUAAUGUGGGGGUUAAUUGGUUGUUUGGUGACUUGUUCCCCCUUCUCUUCCCCUCUCCCUCUCCUCCCCCACAGACGGAUGUGAUGCACCAGAAUGUAUUUGAUUAUAUACAUGUGGAGGAGCGGCAGGAGUUCAGAAGACAGCUCCACUGGGCCAUGAACCCCGGGCACCAGGGGGCGUCCCUGGACCAGCACUCAGCCACAGUAACUGGUGUGUAGAUAAUUACCUCUGUCACUCUGAGGAGCAGCUAAACACUGCUGGAAAACCCCUCAUCUUCACAUGCAACUUGUCAUUUAGAUGAGUUUCCAUUUAUGACCAUUUUGAAGAGGGACACAAGGGUUAGUAUAUUAGUUAUUGCAUAAAAGACACAGACAGAAAGAGAGGAUACUGUAUUUAAUUUGUACUUUGCAAUACUAUCCUAAAACCUCUCACAGUAAUAUUGGUGGUUAGAAGACCAAAACAAAUAGAAUGGAUUGUAUUUAUUAAAUAGGUUGUACUAACAGAAAUGCUGUGGCUGUCCUGUAGGUGAUGACUUUGUGAUGAGCAGUCUCUUUAACGCCCUGGAGCCUGACAGUGUUCCUCUAGAGCUCACCUCCUGCCUGACUCGCUGUUUCAUCGCCCGGGUCCGAUGUCUAUUGGACAGCACCUCAGGCUUUCUGGUGAGUGAGUACCGCGGCUCGCACAAGUAUCUGGCAAUAUCAACUCUUACCAUCGUCAUUGACCAUGAUGCGCAACACAGUAUGAAGUCAGUUCUGGAUUGUGGGAGUUAUAUUCAGUUAUGUAUGUGCACCUGCUCUUUGGGGGUCUAGGUAAGGUUACUGUUACUGUAAAGCACAGAUACAUUAAAGAUAUCUGUUGAUGUAAAAAGUGUUUUAUAGAUAACUUUGAUUGAUUGAUUGAUUGAUGGAUGUUUUGGCAGAGCAUGCAGUUCCAGGGCAGCCUGAAGUUCCUGCAGGGCCAGAAGAAGAAGACAGAGUCCGGGGCGCUGCUGCCUCCCCAGCUGGCCCUGUUCUGUGUGGCCGUGCCCCUCAUGAUACCCUCAAUCACAGAGCUGAAGAUGAAGAACAUGAUGGCCAGGAGCAUGAACAAGGGCCCCAUCAUCACCACACCGGAUAAGCACAGGUAAGCACUGUAGGAGUGGUGUGCAUGGGGAGAGCUGAGCAGUGAGCACUCUUCUUCAAAUAAUGUGUGUCUAUAUCAUGUUUUAACUCAACUUUAUAAAGGAGCCAGGCAUGGACAACAUUUAGUUUACUAUCAAUUUACAAUUCAAGACACAUGUUUAUUACACCAUCAAUUUCAGAAUCAAAUCACUGUGUAUGCUGAAUUUGGUCAAAUUAGUACUUCAUACUGUACACAACUAGCAGAUGAUAUAAUGCAUACAUGACCAUAGAUAUGUUUUCCUUAGACAUUUCCCCCAAAUCAUGGAAUGAUGUCUGUAAUCUCUGUUUUAUGUUCCCACAGUGACAAGAGGCAUCGCUCCUCCAGAGGCUCAUAUGACAGCAGUGACUUACUGCUUCUGAAUUGGUCCAGCAGCGCUACCAGAGACCCCUGCCACUACACCCCAUGGACACCCCUCUCCAAAGACGGCAUCAGGUACAAGAACGACAGCUACUACACCCAGGAGGAGCCCCUAAACUUCUGUCUGUCCUCCAUGAGUGGUGGGCCCAAAGCUCAGAGCAUGGAUCAUCCAUGGGACAUCCGCACAGGGUCCGCCAUACGAAAGGGCCCCAGCGGCAGCUACACACCAGGCAGACAAGGCAAGUACAAUCACCUGGGUAAGACUGGAUCCUACAGGAUGUCUCCAGGAUAUCACGCUAACAGACAGGAUGCAUCUCAGAACAAGCUGAACGGAGGCCUCCACAGCCCUGGGGUGGAGAGCUACUGCGAGGAUGGCAUGAAGACAGACAACAGGUACAUGGGCGGCCAUCUUGACUGUUAUAACGACAUGGUGUUGCCUGAGACGGCCAUAAAAACAGAGCAGGACUCUGACUCAGAGAACGGUUGCAACAUCUACGGCAUGCCCCACAAUGGAGCCUGGGUGGGGAACGAGAAGCGCUACAUGGGCUACUCAGAAGAACCACAGGUGAAGUCAGAGGCUGACUACUAUGAACAAUACACCACCUGCCAAAAGAACAAGACCAGCAUGAGCCCAAUGCUCAACGGCCACCAUAAAUACUUAUAUACAGCGGUGAACAGGGCUCAGAAGGAUCAUAGGAUACCUCACUCAGACCCUCUGUGUAGCAGUCAGGGAGAAAACUGUAUGGACAUCAGUGUAUAUGGGAAUGAUACUGUAGAGUAUAAAGGCUACAUGCAGCAAGACAACAAACUGAACUACGAGUUCAGGAAUCACCUGGUCCACACUAUAAAGAGGGAACCCAUGGACUCGCCUCCUUGGUCUGACAGUGGCCAUGACAUUAGCCAAAUACCCAUGCAGAGAAAUAUGAUUCCCAACUCUGCAAUGAAUGCUAUUGUAUACAAACCAAACCCAUAUAUUUACAUGCAAUGA